AACUCUCUCCUGUCCUGUCUCUCGUCUCAUCUUCACUGAAGCUGGGGGUGACAGAUCGGGUGGCGGCUGGCUCGGGGACGGCUGGUUGCGGCGGCCUCUCCCCAGCACGGGAGACGGCGGCGACGGUCCCCAGCACAGGCGGCGGCUAGGGCGGCCUCUCCCUAGCCCUGGCGGCGGUCCCAGUCCCCAGCCCGAGCGGGGGCGGCCUCUUGUGACAUUCCGUUGGGCGGCGCCGGCGCCGGCCUCCCCCAUCCCAGGCAGCUGCGGCUCCCCAACUGGGGGCUACGGCGCUGGGGGCUAGCUCGUGCGACCACGGCUCCGGCUCCCCACCGUGCGACCCCGGCUCCGGCUCACCAGCCCUACAGCGGCGUCUCUAGCUCCCCUAGGUUUUAAUCUGCAAGUCACAGGACACAUUACUCCCAAUGGACCAAGGGGUGGAUAAAAAUGUUGUUGAAAAUUCACUAGUUUCAAACUGUGAUUUCCCUGUUGUAAAAAAGAUGGAGAAGUGUGUGGGUGAAGAAGCUUCUGUCCAAGCUCCCUUGGAAAAUAAGGAGGAUGCAAAAUCCCUUGGCAUAGUAUGUGAUCAUGAAAAUAACAAGAGUGGUGUUGCUGAGGCCAUUACCUCACCAAAGCAUGAAGCAAUUGAAUCUUCUAUCUCUAUAAAGGUUGCAGAUGAAAAUCCUUCAUAUGGAUGUCAGACACCUUGUGAAAGCAUCUUUGAUCCUUUUGCACCAGGAGCAGAGGAGGUAGCUUGUGCACCAAAGAAGAAGGUGAUCAGGGCACCAGAGCUUCCUUCAAGAAGGCAGCUAAGUUUUGAUUCAGGUGAUUACCCUGUUAAAAGGUUGAGUUAUGAAUUUGAUGAUUGCGAGGAGGAUGAUCAGUUUCUUGAACGGAUCUGCAAGAUGUUUAUUGAUCUUAUUAUCUCAAAUCAAGUGCUAGAGACAAAUGGGAAGGAUCUGGUAGAUUCUAGUUCACCUGGAAGCUGUGAAACCCCUUCAUUAGAACCUCUACUUACAGGCAUCACAGAUGCUUGCCCAGAUGCGCCACUGAGACGAUCUCUUAAAGUGGUGCAGCUUAGCCCAAGCAUUUGUCGAAAGCUUGACUUUGAUUCGGUGAGUCCAAGGUGUUUACUCGCUAAAGAGAAUAAGUGAUAGGCCUGCCUAUCAUGACACCCUGAAGAUCUGCCCGGGAACAACAUUUUGGGGCAGUUUUUGGCUACCAAUUCAGUUGCCCUGUGCCAAUAUGGUUAACUUUGCUAACUGAACAUGUAGGUAGUAAUGCAAAAGAAUUAGGAGACAGUUUAAGUUAUACAUGUAGCUUUUGUCAGUCUUCCUUUUAGCUGGGUUAGUUUAAGUUAUACUAUUAGAGUUGUGGUAUUUGACCAUGUACCUUUGUAAGUCUGAAAUGAGUAGAUGUCUGGUUGUACUAGUGAAUCUGUUGCAUUUUCAUCAUGGUUAAUUAUUCCUGUCUGGGUCGUCUGGAUGUUGCUCAUAUGGAUCAGUUGCCUUUUCUGUUUAUAUGAACUGGGAGAUGAUGUGCUUAAAUAUUUCAACCAUGUGGUGAACAAAU